CUCAUUUAGGCCCAGGCGCUUCGAGACCCGGCGAAGUAGCUUUGCGUGAUGGCAGCGUCUGGAGAGCCGGAGGCCCCCACGGAGCCCCUGGACGUCGCGUGCGGCCUGGAGAAUGUGCCUGUGAGCGUGUGGCCGCCGGGUGCGAGGCCAGGACCUUUCCAGUACAGUCCUGACCACGUGGCCGGGCCCGGAGCCGACGCCGACCCCUCGGAGAUCACCUUCCCCGGGUGCGCCUGCCUCGCCCGCCCCUGCGUGCCUGGCACCUGCUCCUGUCUCCGCCGCCAGGAGAACUACGAUGAGGAUGCGCGCCUCCGGGACCUGGGGCCGGCCGCGAGGUGUGCCUGGCCCGUCUUCGAGUGCAACGCCCUGUGCCCAUGCCCGGGGCACUGCGGGAACCGCGUGGUCCAGCGGGGCCUGCAGCGCCCCCUGCAGGUGUUCAGGACGGACGGCAAGGGCUGGGGGCUGCGCACCCUGGCGUCCAUCCCCAGAGGCCGGUUCGUCUGCGAGUACGCCGGCGAGGUCCUGGGGUUCUCCGAAGCACAGAGGAGAAUUCGGCGGCAAACGGAACACGACUCCAACUACAUCAUCGCGGUCCGGGAGCACGUGGCCGGCGGGCGGGUGAUGGAGACGUUCGUGGACCCCGCGCGGGUGGGGAACGUGGGGAGGUUCCUGAACCACUCCUGUGAGCCCAACCUGCUCAUGGUGCCCGUCCGCGUGGACUCCAUGGUGCCCAGGCUGGCGCUGUUCGCAGCCAGAGACAUCUCGCCUGGAGAAGAACUCUCCUACGACUAUUCGGGAAGGUUUCUCAACCGCUCGGCCGGGGGAGAGGAAGGCAGGCCAGGCGGCGGGAAGCCGAGAAAACCUUGUUAUUGUGGCUCCGCGUCCUGCGCAGCUUUCCUGCCCUAUGACGCGUCCCUGUACCGCACCCCCGAAAAGCCGGCCCCGGGCCCGGAAGGGGAAGUGUAGGGAUGGGACACGCGGGGCCUCUCAGUGGGAGAGCGAGGAGCAGCCGGCGUGUGGCGGGGCCCUUCCUGGGAGCCCUCCAGGAACCUGGCCAGCAGCGGCCCGCCCGAGGAGGCAGGCUGGUGAGUUUCGCUCGGGACUGUGGCAGGGUCACCGGUUCCCCUUCUCCCGUCUGUGGGGGCAUUCUGUUUUCAGUUGGACCCAUGGCUGCCCAGCUAGAAACUGGCCCUUUUCCUCGUUAGUUCUAGGUAACGAGCCUAAGCAAAAAUGGCGAGUCCUUAAAGGAGGCCUCUCCUUCAUCCCCUGCUCCUUCCGCUGGCUGGGCUGGGACGUGUGCGUGACGGCUGGACCCCAGGA